AUGAAAAUUUGUUUGUUCCUUUUUGUGGGAGAGAAAGGUUGAAGCUAAGUGUGACUGGAAUCUACAAUUUUCAGAAGCUAAUGGAUAUUCGAGCUGGAAUCGGGAGCUUAAAAUCUCAAAGUUUUUGGAAAACUUCCCAGAGAUCUAUUUCUUCAUUUAAUUUUCCUUGUUCUUCUUUCAAAACUUUCUGCUCCAAAAAGGACUCUCAGCAGCAACCUCAACAGAACGGUGAUGAUAACAAUGGUAUGAAAUGUCGAUCAGCUUUGAAGGCUCAAUAUCUAUCAACCCACCUUGAAUUUCACUUAAAUAUCGAAAAGGGUGAUAAGUUCUCAACCGACUGGGAUAAGGCAUGGUCGAAUUUCAAGAAGCAAACCAAAAGGUCCUUCCUUUCAGGGUUUUCUCCUAACAAGUAUGUUACCUGGAAUCCUAGACAAUCGAACUAUCCCUUGUCCGAAGAGGUAGAUCCAAUAAAGAGAACAGAGAGGUCGAAUCUCAUGUUAUGGACGAGUCCAGGAUUUACUUUAGUAGGAGCAAUAAUAAUAGUCUCAUUCCUUUUGUUGUAUACCAUUCUUGCACCAGUUAAGUGAUCUAAUUUUCCCUAUCAGAAAUGUCUGUCCAUUUGCUGUAAAAGGAACAUUGUGUUGGAAGGAAAUGAGUAUAUGCAGAAAGGCAACUCAAGUUUCA